AGUUCACUCUCAGUCAAACUCUUCGUUUCGUCCGUGGACAUACCUAAGGCCGAAUUGAUUCUAGAUCUUACUGUCGCCAAGCAAAGUAUACCAUACGUUUGAAUUGUGCCGUGAGGGUAUAAAUCGAGGAAACAAAGCAUCCAAAUCGUCAUGUCUCUCCCUACCGCACCUCUGGGCCGCAACGGACCCAAGGUCAACCGCCUCGGUUUUGGCGCAAUGGGCCUAUCCGCCUUCUACGGUAAACCGAAGCCAGACGAUGAGCGUUUGGCUGUUUUCGACCGCGCAUACGAAUUGGGUGAGCGCUUCUGGGACACCUCAGAUGUUUACGGCGACAAUGAGUUACUCAUUGGAAAAUGGUUUGCAGCCAACCCUGAAAAGCGCGUCGACAUAUUCCUUGCCACCAAAUUCGCUGCGAAGGACGGUGGCGCAUCUGUCGACUCGUCGCCCGAGUACGCGAAGCAGGCUAUUGACACAUCGCUCAAACGUCUUGGUGUCGAGCAUGUCGACCUCUACUAUGUUCACCGUGUGGAUCAAAAAACGCCCAUCGAGCUCACCGUUCAAGCGCUGGCAGAUUUGGUCAAUCUUGGAAAGAUCAAGUACAUCGGGUUAUCCGAGAUCAGCAGCGACACACUGAGAAGGGCACACAGGGUACAUCCGAUUACCGCAGUGCAGAUAGAGUACUCCCCCUUCGUACUGGACAUUGAGAGCAAGCAGAUUGAUCUCCUCAAUACGUGUCGCGAGUUGGGUGUAGCUGUUGUCGCCUACUCGCCAUUGUCGCGCGGCAUGUUGACAGGCACCCUCAAAUCUCCAGAUGACCUUGAGGAGGGUGAUUUCCGUCGCUUCGCGCCGCGCUUCAGCAAGGAGAAUUUCCCCAAGAACCUCAAGCUUGUGGAUCACAUUACCGAGAUGGCCAAGGCCAAGGGCGUUACUCCUGGGCAGCUGACGUUGGCUUGGCUCCUGGCGCAGGGCGAGGAUAUCUUCCCGAUCCCGGGUACUACUAAGAAAGACCGUUUGGAAGAGAAUGUGGGAAGCUUGAAGGUCAGUCUGACAAAGGAAGAGGAGGCGGAGAUUCGUAAGGCGUGCGAAGAGGCGGAGAUUGCUGGUGCGAGGUACCCGGAAGACUACAUGAAGAGCUGUUAUGCUGAUACGCCAGCGCUUGAGCACGGCAGUGGGGAGACUGCGGCAGGAAGCAACAGGAAGCCGACGAAUACGGCUGAUAUCAUGGGUGGUGUAUAGAAAAGAUGAACUAUGCCAGUAACAUCACUACACAUGCCCAAGCAGAUGUGUCAGCAUAGUAGUGGAUGACACUCAAAUACGCUUAAUAUCCACAUAGCCAAAUAAACAUUCAAUGAUAGCU